GGGUGGGGGCUACCACUACAAGUCGCUGGACGACGUGGGCGGGCGGGACAACACCCAGGGCGGGUUCGCGCAGAUGUAUGAGGACGAGCCGCAGCCGCAGCAGCCGCAGCAGUCGCAGCAGUCGCAGUCGCAGCAGUCGCAGUCGCAGCUCGGUGGGUUCCAGGGCCGGAGUAUCCCGACCGGCCCGUCGAAUCCGGCCAAUCCGGGGUAUUAUGGAUACCAGCACCAGUAGCAGCAGCAGCAGCAGCAGCAGCCGCAGCUUGGAGGGCCGUCGGGGUGUGGGUUCCCGGGUGCGGAGCUGAAUAGCUUUUAUUGACGGCUGAGCCGGGCAACGUGAAGUCGUCGGUCGGGCCGGGGUUUUAUUUUCGGUUACCACUUGGGUGGUGACACUGCUGCUUCCCUUGCUUAUCGUAUUGUCUCGUCUGUCAUGGCGUGUGACAUCCGGCUGUGGAAUGCCGGAACGGGAGCUCGAGGCAGGGUGAUUUUCCUGGUGUCGGGAUCCUCCCUUCUUUUUUCUUUGGCUGCCGUGAAAGGGAGCGCUUGUCGUCUGCAACGGUCAUUACCCAGGUAUUUAGCGUCACGGGACGCCGGCGUUGGGGUGGACGGAGGCUAACAGUUCAUUUAUUUUUGGGACUCGGGCCUGGGCAGCGGCUGGGAUUGGUACGGCGUGGAUGUGCCUGGGUUGAGCUGGCAACCUACGCCCGGUUACUUCGGUCUUCGCUGUUGAUGGUACAGCUUGGGUUGGGGCUAGCCAGGGUAUUGGGGGUGCCAUCCCCGGGGUGAUAAAUACGUGGCUCGUUCUUGUCGUGCCGUCGCUUGGUCGGCUGCCUGUCCUCUGUGCUCUCUG